AUGUCAUCCACCCACAAUAGUAACGUCGAGCUGCUAGCAGUACUUGUCGACUGGGAUGACGAGGAGGAGGGCGAAUACCGCUUCCUAGUCGAUGGUAAGCACGUGAAAUAUGUCACCGUCGACCCGGGUGUUAUACCAAAAGAUUUUCAGACCUUUGGUCCGAUAUUGAUUCCUCUACUACCGCCAUUUCCACCUGGUGAAUGGAACGAGGGUCACGUCUCCAAGGACCCCGUGAGUAGGAACCCAGUCUUCUCCAGUUAUUCGCAUAGCGACCUGCCUGGAAUUUCAAAUACCUGGCACCGCAUGCGAAUCGAUCAUUUAGAGUUCAAGGAACUCCGUCGUCUACGCCAAAACAUAUACGUGGUCACGCAUCCGCUUUUUGACCAAGCGCUGUUCAUCAAGCUUGCUCAGUUCCCAUGGAAAAUACCCUUCUUUGAGGCUGAAACAACAGCCUACGAAUGGAUAGUUAACCAGGGUGUCGGUCCCAAAUUCAUUGCUCAUUUGACAGAGGCUGGAAGAGUCAUUGGCUUUGUCCUGGAGUACAUAGAGGGUGCGAGGUCUGCUGAUGUUGGUGACCUGGUGGCAUGCCAAGAUAGCCUCGCCCAGCUACACUCUCUAGGCAUUAAGCAUGGCGAUAUUAACAAAUACAAUUUUCUUAUACGAGAUGGAAAAGCGGUUCUGGUAGAUUUUGAGUCGGCGCAGAAGUGCAGUGAAAAGAAAGAACUCGAAGCAGAGUAUGAACAAAUUGGGCAAUCGCUGAGUGAUCCUUCGCGCAGAGGCGGCGGCAAUUAUUUAGAGGAUCACUAA